AUGCCAAUUACAGGCGUCUACUUCAUCCCCACAACCCCAAACGCCACAACAACCCUCACAACCCUCACAGAGCGGGUCCGCGCCUCCUUCACCGAUGAAGACCUCAUCCCCAUCGGCCGCUGGUUCCUAGACCACAAACUCAUGCGCGACACACCAGGUCUACUCCCCCAAUCCACAAACCAAGGCCAACCCCCCAGCAAGCCCCGCUACAUGCAACUCCUCUCACUAAGCCACUACCCAACCCACGGCUUCAUUUACACGUCCGAGCCAACCGAGAAACCAUUUCACCCGCCUAACGCGGCGUCUCCCGCGGGGUCACCGACGCCGGUUGCCAUCGCUGCGUCGCCGGGCCAGGGAUCUGGCGCGAGUACAGCUGACAUGCCGAUGGUUAUGACUACCGUACCGCCGCCGGCAUAUAAGACGCUUUUCCAGCACUUCACGUACGCGUGCCAGCCAUUCUGGUGUCACCGGUUAACGGUCACCGUGCCGAACGGAGUUGUCUACGACGUGGGCGAUUUCCGGGUGCGAAUGGGUGAUGUGCGGCAGACGUUUCCGGCAGCGCGGGCGCGUGGGUCGAUUGUUGAGAUUGAAUGGCGGGGACCGUCGGUCGUGGACUCGCUUUCGGGCAUGCAGCAGGCCAGGAGUGAUGGUGGUGAGGAUGUGGAUUCUGGGGUUGAUAUGUCAAUUUGUGCGCUUGAGGAGGCGGAUGUUGAUGCUGAAUAUGUGGCUACUGCGUCUUUGAUUCGGGAGUUUUGGGGCCGGUUGGGGGUUUCGGGGGCUAAGGAGGCUAUUUUGCUUCCUGGGGUUGGGAAGGAGGUUAAGGAGAAGCUUGGGAAGGCGAGGAAGAGGAAUAGAGAUGGUGAGAGUAAGGUCCGAGAUGAGAUUGGGAUGUUGGUUGGGGUGGGGAGUGUGCCGUUUGAAGAUGAUGUUGAUCCUACGGCGGGGACAGAUGCUGCUAGGCAGUAUAUGGAGGUUUUGCGGUUUAAUCGGUAG